AAAUCCCAUUUAAGCGAGCAUGCCUGUGAAUAUUUUUAACGACUUGACAAGGGUAUUUUUACCAAAAUAGCGCUUUUAAUUCGUUGUUUGCCCCUUAGAACCGCCGCCACUGAUCGCUAUUCAAAUUUACCCAAUUAGAGCCUUUCCCGCCUCUUCUCUUGCAUAUGAUUUCAUAACGAACCUAUAUAAGGGUUUGGGCUUUUGGCGCCUUUUGUUAUUGUCGUUCCACUAGUGUUGGGUGUUGUUCGUGUUCCUGUUUACAAAUUGUGUGAAUUAAAUCACCAAAAUGCCGCUGUUUAAUAAAGAAAACAUGAUAACCUUAAUCGGUGAAAACAACAAGAAAAACGUCCUCACGGACAACAAAAGCAACAUUUUGGUCAACAGCAAAGCUGAUUCGGACUUCCCCAAGAUCCAGGAUGGGUGCAACAUGGAGUUCGACCCCGAAUUGGAGCCCCUUCUGCAGGAAAACCCGCGCCGGUUUGUGGUCUUUCCCAUCCAGUACCCCGACAUUUGGGACAAAUACAAGCAAGCGGAAGCCUCGUUUUGGACGACCGAAGAAGUAGAUUUGUCGAAAGAUUUGGACGACUGGAAGAACAAACUGAAUUCUGAUGAACGCUACUUCAUUUCGCACGUUCUUGCAUUUUUCGCAGCCUCUGACGGAAUCGUCAACGAAAACCUCGUCGAGAGGUUCAGCCAGGAGGUGCAAGUGACCGAAGCUCGCUGCUUUUACGGGUUCCAAAUCGCUAUUGAAAACAUCCAUUCGGAGAUGUACAGCAUGUUGAUCGAAACGUACAUUUCUGAGCCCCAGGAGAAGGAGUUCUUGUUCAAUGCGAUCGAGACGCUGCCCUGUGUUAAGAAGAAGGCCGACUGGGCCUUGCUGUGGAUAAACAGCAAGAACGCGACUUUUGGCGAACGAAUCGUGGCGUUUGCCGCCGUCGAAGGGAUUUUCUUCUCUGGCAGCUUUGCUUCGAUUUUCUGGCUUAAAAAGCGGAAUCUUAUGCCAGGUCUCACAUUUUCCAAUGAACUGAUUUCGAGGGACGAGGGCCUACAUUGCGAUUUUGCCUGUUUGAUGUUCUCUCACUUGGUGCAGAAGCCGUCCAAAGAACGGAUUCAAAGCAUUAUCCAAGACGCGGUCAAAAUCGAGAAGGAAUUCUUGACUGAAGCUUUACCAGUCAGCAUGAUUGGAAUGAACUGCGCUUUGAUGUGCCAAUACAUCGAAUUUGUGGCCGACAGAUUGUUGGGCGAGUUGGGGUGCGAGAAAAUCUACAACUCACAGAAUCCGUUCGAUUUCAUGACGAUUAUUUCCAACGAAGGCAAGACGAAUUUCUUUGAGAAGAAAGUGGGGGAAUACCAGAAGAGCGGAGUCACGUGUGAGCAAACCGAGGAGUACCAUCUAGAUUUGGACUUUUAAAGCCAAAAGUGUUUAUUUUAAAUUAUUUUUAUUGUAGUAGUUUAGUACAAAUAUAUGUAUUCAGAGUUAAAAUUAUAAAUAAAUUAUCACAACUAAAAA